GACACAGAGCAGGGUAAGUCCACUGAUUCAUGGCCCUAGUGUAUGUUUUACAACUAAACACAAAAAAUACUCGAUUUAAACCUACAAUUUUAAAUAAAUGUAUUAGAUUUUCGUUUAAAACAGACCAAUCGUGUAAUCUGCAGCUAUCAUUUUAAUAUAGCAUGUAAAUAUAGAAAGGAAUGAGUUGUUUUUUUCAUCCUAAGCUGGAAAUUGUAUUUAAAUAUAAAAAUAUAAGGCUUGUUACAAGGAUCAGACAAAGAGCUGGUGCAUUUUAGGUAGAAAUAAAGGUGCCACUGCCUCCUGUGGAAAGAUUUUUACACAAUCAUGUCCACAAUUUCCAUAAAAACACUAAAAAUCUACAAUAUUUCUAAAAUAUUUCCUCCAAAGGUGAUAAAACUACAAAAAGAGGUGGAUAAAUAAGCCAGUUAUAUUCCAACAUGAGAUCAUACUCAGCAGAUCAGUGGCAGAUUGCUGAUAAAUGAUUAAUGAAGUGGUGAAUUUCUGCCCCCCAGGAAGCUCCAUAAACACCUCAUUUGAAAAACAGAGACUCGACUGUUAGAUUUCUGCGAAAGUAAGCAGCGUUGAUGUCGGAAAGCACUGAUCAGUGGGAGGAGUUGAACCUGCUUUCUUAUCUACACCCCGGCCUAGCUCUCUCACACGCUGUUUUUAUCACCGUCUUCCAUUAAAACGUUAAAAGAGCGACAGCGCGCUCAAAGUCAGCAGCAGACGUCAAUCGUUUAGAACAAAUGAAAGUUUCUCACCUGUGGAGCUCAAAGAUGACAGAAACAACAACACCAGGAGCGCGCGGGUUCCACAGAAACACGUCAUCUUCUAAAUGUUGAGGAAAACCAACACACGCGUGUGUAACGACACACAGCUUUUGCUUGAACCAGUCUGACAGCAUGCAAAGUGGGUGUUGAGCUGCAGUUUGUUCUACAACAACGGACCUCAGUGAAGAACCAGCAGCUGUCGGACAUCCCCUCCCAUGUAACUGUAGCUGCUGGACAGCCAACAUGUGCUGCAGGGAGUUUCACCCAUAUGUAUAAAACAAUGUUUAUGUACAUAUCUAUGGUUUCAGGGUCGGUCCUGAAGGAUCUUAGCUGGUUCUGGUGUUUGACAAUGAUUUAUUCUUUUAUUUAUUUCCUCCACAGGGCAACUCUGUAAAUAGCAACAAGGAAUCCGUGGCAGACUGGAUGACAAAAAUGUCAAUCUACUUUUAAAAUAGACAACAACGUCAGUUACAGUUACAUUUCUGACUUGUUGCUACUCAUCUGCUGGAGCUGAGCCUGGUUUUAUAGGCAGACUCCAUGAUGGAGGACCUGAACAGUCCACAUGGAGGCAGCAGCAGCUGGGUUUGCUUAGUUUGGCUCCACUUCAAUCUAAUCCAUUCUGUUUUUAAAGUAAAGCUUUUAUCAAGUCAACAGAAAUAAAAAUACUUUUACUUUUUGAUACGAUCAGUAAACCAUAAAAUUAAAUAAUACUUCUUUAACUCCGAAAAAGAAUGAUCCCAUUUUAUUAAAAUGAUUUAAUCUUAUAACAACUUUGCUUGCUGAUAAUUAGUUUUUUGUAGAAACAAAUAAAGUGACAUAAAUAUUCAUAUAACUUCUGUAUUUCAGUUAUUAAAAAGUUUGGGAUGAAGAACCAAAACCUCCAGAACUCCAAGAUGAACUCAAACUGAAAUUUACAACUAAUUUUUUGAUCUAUUGCUCAAUACACUCCAAAGGUUUUAGUCAUCAAAAGUUUCAAUGGUGUCCUGAUGAAAUGAAUAAAAAUACUCAGAAUAUUUCAGAACAAUGAAGAAAAAUCCAGAUAUUUUUUGUCCUUAUUUAUUUUCAUUUAUUGACAUUAAAAUAAAAAUACAGAACUAAAUUGCUACAAGCCAAAAUGAAAAAGGUGGAUAGAAAGAAGAAAAACUUAUAUUAUCUGCCCCUUCUAACUAAAAUAACAUUAAUACAAAUGAAACGAUCAUAUGAUUCUUAAAAAUUUUAAACAAUAUAGUUUCUGGACUGGUUGGCUGACACAACCUCAACCCAUGAAUUGAAAAAAAGGAAAGAAAACAAGUUACACAGAAAGAAGUAUAAAGUUAUAGACUAUAUACAUACAUAUAUACACAUGUGCAUACAUAGACUUGUUUCCUUUUCCCUUUUUUUUCAUCCCCAACCUCCUCCCCACAUGCAUUUAUGUAACAGAUCUAUAUAAGUUAAUCAUUUCAUUUUUUAAUCUCUUUUUUAAAAGUCAAUAUUGUUUUUGCAUUCUUGAUUUCAGUAUUUAAUUUGUUCCACAAUUUAACUCCAUAUAUGGACACACAAUGUUCCUUAAUGAGUAUCCGAUGUCUAGGUACAUUAAAUGAUUCAUGACCUUUUAAAUCAUAUUUGCUAUGUCUUUUUGGAAAUCUUUUGAUUAAACCUGCAGGUAUGUUCCUUUUGUUUGCAUUAUACAUAAAUUUUAAAAUAUUGUAGUCCACCAGAUCAUAGAAUUUUAGUGGUUUUAAUUUUAUAAAUAAUGGAUUGGACGGAUCUCUGUAGUUGCUCCUUGUGAUUAUUCUUAUUGCUUUUUUCUGUAAGAUGUAAAUGGAAUUUGAGUUUGUGUCUGUUGGUCUGCAGGGGCGGUUCUGGAUGGGGGGGGGGGACUGCCCCCCCCCCCCCCCAUUCAGAUCGACCCCAUUCCGUCUCCGCAAGCUCCUUUUUCCAAUUACAUUGAAUGCAGCAUGAUGUAAACAAACACCGACUCCAGAGGCACAAAAGUGGUUGCUGCUAGGAUGCAGGAUGAAGCGAAAAAGGCAAGCAACUAUUUCUGCGUAUUUAAAAAAGACCAACAGUGUAAGUAGGCGGGACCGAUCUGUCUGUUUAGUUUCAGUACGUUGUUGUCAGUUUGGGGACUUACUCGUUAAAAGCGCCAAAGCCUCAUUGCUGACUUUAACAAGUCUCGUCUACAAAUAUGAUCCCUCAUGAAGUUACUACUUUACACCAGAAGAUAGUGGAGAUGUGUAAUCUUCAGGCUGAGCAAAGUUUUGGAGAUUUGAGUUUGAAAAUCGCCUCCCGCCGAGAGGCUCGCAGUCGGGGAGAGGAGGAGAUGCGCGCAACAUGAAGAGCGCAAACAUUAGAUAAAACGCAUAAUUGCCAGCAGGUCUGGUCUUUGUUGACUGAUCACUUUGUCUGGUACACACCAUUAUGUGAAAGAGUUAAUUUACAUUUAAUUAAGGACCCGUGAGACAUAAGAUUCCAUAGUAAAUAUGAAAUCAAUGUUACGGACCGCUGGGUUAUUUUAACCAGAAGAUUGGAACUUUUUAUUGCAGGGAUUAUGUAACACUUUGUAUUAACUGAGAGACAAGAGAAGAGAGAGAGAGUCCUUUUAAACGUUUAAGACAGUGGUUCCUAAUCUGGGGGUCCCGACCCCCACAAGGGGGCGCCAAAGCCUCUCAGUGGGUCGCCAGGACCUCUCCACUUUAAGGGGUUAAAACUUCAUUUAUUACUUGUUUAUAGCCUACAUUUUGCUCACAUUUUUUUCAUGAGUGAAAAGUUUACUGAUAUUAACACAAGAAAUAAUUAGUACAGAAAAAGUAACACUUUUAAGAACAUUUUGCUCAGCUCACUGUUUUAUUUUCAAGUGUCAAAAGUUCAUUAAAGAUAGGACUGGUUGAUUAAUCACAGCCUUCACAGUAAAUAAUCUAGUAUAAACGGUAAUAUACACAUUUAAGUACAUUUUGCUCAGUGUAUUUUUUAUGUGUCAAACGUUUAUUGAAAGGAAUGAUUGAUUUAUCAGUGUUUACAAGAAACAAUGUGUUCAGAAAAGUAAUACAAACUGUCAAGCACAUUAUGCUCUGUUUGGUUUUGUUAAUGACUUAGUUCUGUACUGGAGCCUACUAUUACUGUUAUCUAUUGAAUCCAAGCAUAUUAAAAUGUGCUUGAACACUUUUAUCAUUUCUUAAUACUGUUUGUACUGGAAGAGAGAAUGGGAGGGGGUCAUCAAAAAUUUUACUGGUAAAAAAUGGGGUCCCUUGGGAAAAAGGUUGGGAACCACUGGUUUAAGAUGAUUUAUUUCUAAACAGUUUAAACAAUUUUAAACAAGACUAACUCUAAAUGAUGGAUGGAUCUGGUGUAAUGAGACGUGAGAUGACUGGUGCAUAUGUGAGUGAUGUUUUUACCAGAACUCUCGUAUCCGGAGAAGCAAGUCUGAAUGAUAUUGUGAUGUCUUGCUUCUAGCUAUGAUCAGAGUUUGAUCGGAGUUUCAUAAAAACAUGAGAUGCCAUUUUGUCGCUCCACACAUGCCCUUUGAGAUGAGACCUCCGUACAGAUCUGCCAGGUCCUCGGACCCCCUUUCGGUACAGGAGCCGGUGAAACAGCGUCAGCAGUACGACAAACUAGUCUUUGGAUUGUCUCCAGGUAAAAAGCGACAGGUGGUUCACAGCAUCAAAUGGACCCCCCUUGGGUCAGCGAGUUCAGCUUUUAUUCUGAAAGGAACAGUUGCUUGGUUGGUAAAAUGCAACAGAUUUUAUCCAGCUUGAUGGUUCUCAGCUUAAAAAGGAAGUCCGGAUGGCCGGUCUGAUACUUCGCUUAGCAUGCGGUGAACUCCAGUGAGAUCUUGAGAACUGAACUUAAGAUGGCGUUGGAACUGGUUUUAUUAAUCUGGAUGUUUUUAUUUCUGGUUGAAUCAAAGUUGGCAGAUUUAUAAACACCACAGAGACUAUGCCACGCUUCAGAAAGGAAGGUUCUGAUUGGAUCAGUAACAGCAAUGUGUGUACAUUAUGUGUAGUCAGCAUGUCUAGUGACUAGAUUAAAGUCAUAUUAUUUAUUAAAGUAUAUUAAACAUAACAUUGUCAUUUCACAGAUCGGUCAACAUUAUAUUAUAUUAUUGAUUAUAUUAUUGACUAACACUGUUUUGAUUAGCUUUAUUAAAAAUAGAGUUCUUUGAUUUAUUAAAGGAAAGAGUGCUUUAUCUUCAUUCUUCUCUUGCUGGAAAGAAAACAGUUUUAGAAGCAAAUGCAUGACCUUGAGGCAGUCUCAUGCACUCUAGUACUGUGUCAGAGACAUCUGUGGAGAGAGGUUAAAUAACCUCUGGAGGAAUAGCUCCUUCAUCACGUUACACUCUGAUUAUGAAGCACAAUAUUGUCUCUGAUCCAGCCGGGAAGAUUGACGCUGCUGCAGCAUCAGACAGCUGGUGCUGCACAAGAGGUGUGUGGAGCUUACAAGCUCCAAACGUUUGGUUUGAUGUUUGUUUAACCUUCUUUGGGACGUGAUGGAUGCAGAAAUGAUGGUAAAAUCACCGCUAACUUGACAGACGUAGCGACAAUGUAAAAAAAAAGCCAUAAAAAGGGGCAGGUGCCGAUGCGUUAUAUAUGGAAGUCAAAGUGUGCCACAUAAUCAUAAAAAUAAGUAAAAUAUGAAAUUUAAAAAGAGCUUCAUUUAUGUAUAUAUAAAUUAAAACUUUCCAAAUGUAAUGAAAAUGUCUAAAUAACGUAAAAAAUACGAAGGAGCAUCUGGGAACUACUGCUCUAAAUGAUAAGUGAAUAUGUUUUUUUAAAUUAUUUUAUGUGCAUUUUUUUAGGGCUUUUAUGUUUUCUGUAAAGAUUGGUAUGCUGAAAAUCAUUUAAUGUUUUGCAUAAAGCAUGAGGUUUUGGUUAGUAAUUGAUUGGGAGAAUAAAUGACUGAUUUGGAUAGUGUUGAUCAGGCAGAGCUUUGUUGCCAGCGUUCCACUGCAUAAUGGUUUCAAACAUGUAUAUAAUAGUGUUAGUUUUUUCGUAAACCACUGGAUGAAAUUACACAAACUGACUGAGCUCUAGUUAAGGCUCUUGCAAUAGUUUGUGUAUGUGUACGUGCGUGCGUGCGUGUGUGUAUGUGUUUGGGGGAGGGUACAUUGGAACUUCGUCCCCCCAGUUUUAAAAUCCUAUCUGCGCCCCUGGUCCAGGGUCUUUUGCAUUUUUACAGCAAACAUUAAACUUUCAUUCAAAUGUUAAAUGUACACUUCAGCUUUAGAAACUGAUUUAGCAGAGUGUUUUUUUAAUUAAAAUAAACAAUAAAGCAUUCAACUCCACUUGCAUCACUCUUGUACUCACAGAUCGAAUCACAAGCAGUGUCUUGACCAAGGACACCUACAGGAUUAUUGAUGCAAGGCAUUGUGGGAUUUAGUCAUUUUUAAAUGGGCAACAUUCUAACUGCAGAACUUUCACAAAUUUUUGGCUGCUUGAAUAUUUUAUAAUAAAUCCUUGGAAUUAAUUAUUGAAGAUGUGGAUGUACGAGUAAAACUGACACAUUUCUGACUUCCUACCAGUUGUCCCUGUCCGUUGCCACGGUUGCCACCCACAAAUCUACCCCCCCCACCCACCCCCACCCCCACCCCCCGAGGAGUCGGGGCGUCUGCAGACUCAUGUCCCUCAUAAACAUGGCCGACAGCUCCCCAGCUGUCUGUGUAACGAGACCCCCUCAGGUCUGUCAGACUGCUUUGGGGGACGGAAAUGAAGGCAAACUGGACAUGACAGACCCCAGUUACACUCCCAGUCUUUACUUUAGACUUUGCACCAGAUGCGGUGAGGCGGUGAACGCUGCAGGAGGAGCGUGCCAGGCUAUGGGUCAUGUCUUCCACAGAGCAUGUUUCACCUGCAGCAUGUGCAACAAACAGCUCCACGGGAAGCCAUUUUUUACAGCAUCUGGAUUAAUCUAUUGUGAGGAAGAUUUUCUGGUGAGCAUGCAUUUUUUAUUCUUCAGAUUGAAACGAUUUUUAUUCGCUUUUUGUGACUUCCUUGAGAUAUUUUUGAAGUUCUCAGGUGUUCAUCCAUCCAGAGAAGUGUGCAACAGCUGCAGGAACUCAAUCACAGACUUGACUGCAGCUGGUGGAUCAGCCCUUCGCUGUAGACAGCCUGCAGGAUUUACUGUGUCAGCGACUAUCAGAGGAUCAAGGCUCCCCGCUGUGAUGCCUGCAGGAUGCCAAUACUGCCAACAGAGGGAUCUAGAGACUCAAUUUGGGUGGAAUCAUCUAACAAGUAUCACCACGUAGAGUGUUAUAGCAGUGAGGUUAAUCUUAUUUAAAAACAGGUGAUCCAGGAAAUGUUUAACAAAGUGAUGUUUUUCAUGACUUCUUACCUCAGUAAUCACCCUGUCAUCUUAAAGUUACACUAAAAAGUUUCCGGCUCCCCGCCCUACUGAUUGAAAGUGGAACUACAACUGUCAUGAACAUCCCUGCUGCAGCCUGCUGUGGCUAACGCUAACGACAAGCUAACACUAACAUAAACCAACUUAUACCAAAAGAAACCAUGAAAAAGAUCCAUAUUGCUGGACAAAAAUAUUAUUACUUACAAGUCCAGUUGCAACAAAGCCAGGUCAUCAUCAGUCCAUAAUUUCAUAGCCUCCUUUAUCUCCCUCAAACACUGCAGGUUGUGCUGAUGUCCCCUCUGGUUUUAGCUCUUUGCUUCACCUCCAAAGACAUUACUCUCUUAAUUUUACUUCCAGGCUCCCUCGUGAUGCCAACUGUCAUGCUGGUUGAACUGGGAGUUGGAAUGUAGCGUGUCUUACGACCCAAACGUGGAGAUGCUUGCAUCAGGAGAAGCUAACACGCAGUUAAGCCUCAUUCAUACCUCUCUGUAAGAUCCCCGAGUGAGAGACGGGCAUGCAUUGACAGAGACGUUUCGCUUUAGGACUUCUCUGUCAGCUGAAGAUGGUUGCAAACACAAUUUCCCACCAGGGUGUAGAGCUAUUCUAAGGUGUCCUGAAGAACAACUGAAGAACUGGAUGGCUCAAAAAUUGAAGAGCUGGUUUGCUCAAAACUCUAGGCACGAUUCCAGGAAAAUAAUGACUGAGUGCUGAGUAGAUGAGAUGAGCUUCCUGAUAUUGUGUGAUGAUGUAGCGGGGUGAGUAGUAAGGGGAAUGCUGAGAACUGGAGUCCUAGGUGUUACCCCGGUUUCACACUGCAAGCAUCAGUGGAACGGAACGGCAGCAAAGCGGCACCCCUUCAAAUAGAAUCCAAUCAUAGUCUAUGGAGUGUUUCAAACCAGCCGCGACGCGGCAAUUUCCAGGCGCGUCCCAGAAGGGGCAUGCCGCGCCGCUAAAGAUAGGAUCGAGUUCUAUUUUUUCCGCGAGCCGCUUCUGGGACAUGUCAAUUUUCACAGUUCACAUAGUGCGAGACAGGAAACCACACGGUUUCAGUGUAAAAUCCCUGGUUAUUUUCAAAAUAAAAUGCAACGUUGCGAUGUUAUAUGUAACUUACGUCAGUACAUGUGACCGAACGGCUUUGUUUACCUCCAGUUUCUUUCGAGAAGUGCAAUGGUGUGAUUCCUCACGUGGGUUGUGAUCUCUCGAUGAGGAAGGUGUAGGAAGUCUCGAGGGAUUUUAGAAUCUCGCGGGUACAGCGAGGCAGCCGUGCUGCGGCCAAGACUCUCCCGGUGUGAAAAGGACCGCUUUGAAGUUCGCGAGUGAGCCGCUCCGCUGCUGUUCCGUUCCGCUGAUGCUUGCAGUGUGAAACCGGGGUUAGAUUGCCAUCUGGAGGUGCGUCGGCGAGCGGGGACCGUGACGGAAACUUCUUUCUUCUUCUUUUUCUUCUUGUGUUUUUUAUUGACGGUCGGCAAACUAAAACGGCUAACUGCUAGCCUUUUAUUAGGUAGGCUACUGGCACAGAAAAUGGCUAAUAGCGUUUAAGCAGGUAAAUAGCGCCCUCUGGGGCACCUACCCGCUCCACAAAAGUGUUAUGUGCUGUUUCUGCUCAGCAAAGGGCUGCAGAAUGCUGUCCCCGUGUAAAGUUGGUAAGUUUUCUUUCAGCACAAUCACUGAGCCCCAAUUUUUAAGGAGUUGGUUAAAGUGAAAAAAAACCGACUUAGUGUUGCUUUAAUAAUAAGGUUUUACUGUUUGUGUUUUAUGUAACGUCAUGAAGGAACUAGAUCCAUCCAUCACAUAGUGUUUAAAGUUAUCGUUAGCCUUGUUUUAAAUUGUUUAGAAAUAAAUCUUCUUAAACUUUCAAACUUGUCUCUCUUUUUGACUCUGGGCUAUUACGAAGUGUUACCUAAUCCCUGCAAUAAAAAGUUCCGAUCUUCUGGUUAAAGGUAGUAUUCAAAGAUACAUCAAAUUGAUUUCAUAGUUUCUUUGGAAUCUCACCUUCGAUGGCUUCCUACGUAAGAUGUAACUAUUGAUACAUUUAUUAUUCAUCUUUGUGUCCUAAUAUGGAAAUGAAGAAAAGUGAGUUCAGAACAGAUCGUCUAUUUGCUACUAAAUAAAAUGUCAAAGAUCAUGAUGCAUUUUUGAAAUAUGAAUAAUCCAGUAGUGUGCACAUCUGUUGUAUUUGCUGAAAUUGUUUUCUAUAGUAUUACAUUUAUGUGAGGAGCUUCCAUGAAUGUGGACAAUAGUCAUGAGUGACAGAUCUUCCAUGAGGAAGUUAGAAUCAGAAUUUUAAAAUAAGUAAGCAUGUUUAAUUUUUUUCAGAUAAAAUAAUUGUGUUCAUUACAGUUACUUGAAGGAAAAUGGAAGCAGACAAAAUUGGCUUCGGCAGUUGGGCAACAAUUGGAAAUUGGUUUGGGCCUUAUGAAUCAAAAUCCAUUAAUCUUUUUCAAACAUUGGUGAUACAGGAUAUAAAGAGACAAAAUAAACAAAAAAGAUUAGACUUUGGAAAGACGCUUAUAUAGAUUUUAUAACAAAUCCCACCCCUUUCCUACCCACAUGACCACAUCCAUCUGGAGUAGAUAAGGCUGGAAAAAGGAACACUGAAAAAAAAUGUAUAUGCUCUCCAUGGGUGAACAAGUUCAGGCUUUUGUUGUGUGAAAUCUAAAAAUCUUUUUUGCGUUUAAUAUUCAUUUGAAUCUAUUUGUUUAUUAAUUUGUCAUUUUUACAAACUUUUAGGUUGAGGAAACCCAACACACGUACUCGCAUAACA